AUAUUUUGUGCAAUAUAUCGGUAAUUUUUUCAAUUUUUUUACUUGCCUAGGGUGUCGCGUGCAUGAAAUAUUUCCUGUCGUCAACCUAAAACUCGAGCAUUAAUAAAGCCAACCUAAAGAAGGAAAAAAGUCGUAUACCGUCAUUAUUUACGAAGUAUAGAGUUUCGUGACUAACAAGAUGUUCCUCGUCUUGAUUGCCCCACGGAAUUGCCUCGUUAAAAGUAAUUUUUCUGAUUUUUUCUGAUUUCUAACCGAAAUAUAUUUUACGCGCUCUUUUUAUUGUUUUACGCGAGUGUCACGUCUGUGCGGCUUCGUACGUGCGCAAUCUUUAAAUAGGAAGUGAGUAAAGCGCGAGGUUGGAACACAGGCGGUAUAUAGGGCGUGUUAUGCAUGAUUUUAUUUUGUUCCUAUUUUACUGUAUUGUAUGUAUAACGCGCCUGUCCACAUUUCGUUAUGCUUCACUCUCCAAUCUGGGUCAAUCGUACAUGAUAAUGGAGUUACAUCUAGUUUUUAAAUCAUUUGAUUUUUCACGCUCGGAAUUUUCAGAAAGAAAAACAGCAUUGAUUGCCUCGGAACACAAAUGGAAGAGCCUCAUAACUUUUUCGCUCUCUCGAUUGACGGCAUUAGGCGACAAAAUUAGCGAUAACAACAAAUUAUUUAGCGUAAAAAGCAAUAGUUUUUAUUACUUUUUCUUUGAGAAUGAUAAUAUGUCAUGUAACUCGUUAUAACAAUGACAAAAUGCAAGUCAGCGCAACGUUUAGAAGCAACCGCCCGUUUUUAUCUUGUAUAUAAACGUUGGCAAAAUAGAAAUCAAGUUGAACUCAUAAAUUUUUUUUUAAUUGGGACGAAAUUCUUCUUUAACGAAAUUUAAUUAAGCUUAUUUCCUGUACAUCCCGGGAACGGAAUGCGUAGGAUUAUAUGGUAUAAGGAUAAGUCUUCCAUGGAACUUUCUCCGGCUGUUUCCGCUGGAUUAACCUCCCCCCCCAUCCCCCUUAGAGUAGAUGACUUAUUGCGGAUGCGGUGGAUGUUACCGUGAGACUUGUCCUUCAUGCGGGAUAAUUCCGUGAAUGCGUGUUUGCGUGGAAUACAUUGCGUAUGGAGGUACACGUGGAAGCUGUAUUUAGGGUCAAGGGUAGCGACGAGCAGGCGUGCGAAAAGGGUCGACGGGCUCUUCCCUACGUCUGUGAUUGUAGAACGACGGCGGUGGCGGCAGCGAGCCGGUUACGGGGAUGCCGAGGGGAUGCGAGGAUACCGCGAGAUGACGUUCUCCAUCGCGCUCGUCGUUCACUGACGCAAUCCCGGCCGGAUAACGAAGACGAUUGGCAGGAUGCUGCCGCGCGGGCUGCCGCUGAUCGUCCUCCUCCUCGUGCAGCUGUGUCAUCGUGUCAUCUGGGCUUCCCUGGAGAGCACCGGGAUGUCCGAUAGACUGGAGAACGUUACGCAGACAAUUUCGAGGAUACUCGAAGGCUACGAUAUCCGAUUAAGGCCGAACUUUGGCGGCAAUCCAUUACCAGUCGGGAUGGAUCUUACCAUCGCGAGUUUUGACGCGAUCUCAGAAGUCAAUAUGGAUUACACGAUAACGAUGUACUUAAAUCAAUAUUGGAAGGACGAGAGACUCGCCUUCUCGCACGAGGACGAGAUACUGACGUUAAGCGGCGACUUUGCGGAAAAGAUUUGGGUCCCAGACACGUUUUUUGCCAACGAUAAAAAUAGCUUUCUGCACGAUGUCACCGAGCGCAAUAAACUCGUUAGAUUAUCUGGUGACGGCUCGAUCACAUACGGCAUGAGAUUCACAACGACCCUGGCCUGCAUGAUGGACCUGCAUUACUACCCCCUCGACUCGCAGAAUUGCACGGUCGAAAUCGAAAGCUAUGGAUACACGGUGUCCGACGUAGUAAUGUACUGGAAGGAAACUCCCGUUCGUGGGGUCGAGGAGGCGGAAUUGCCGCAAUUUACGAUAAUCGGCUACGAGACCAACGAUCGAAAGGAGAGGCUGGCGACGGGCAUUUACCAAAGGCUCUCGCUAAGUUUCAAGCUCCAGAGGAACAUCGGAUAUUUCGUUUUUCAGACGUACCUGCCAAGUAUACUAAUUGUGAUGCUCAGCUGGGUCAGUUUCUGGAUCAAUCACGAAGCCACCAGCGCGAGAGUAGCUCUCGGCAUCACAACCGUACUGACAAUGACAACAAUAUCGACGGGUGUUAGAAGCUCACUGCCACGGAUCAGUUACGUGAAAGCCAUCGACAUCUACCUGGUGAUGUGCUUUGUUUUCGUGUUCGCGGCUCUGUUGGAAUACGCGGCGGUCAAUUACACGUAUUGGGGCGCUAGAGCGAAGAAGAAGACGAAGAAGAAAGAGACCGAUGAGAAAAAAAUACUAUCUUCUAAAACAGGAAGCAAAGCCAGCUCGCCUUACCCCGGCUGCACGGACGCGGAUAUCAUAGAGCUUCAAGACCUCAGAAUGUCACCUCUGCCGAGCAUUAGAAAUAGGUCAGGUUUAGUUAGCGCUUCAUCGACACUGGGAGCCGGAAGGGAUCACGACCCGGCCAAGUUUCCGCCGAGCUUUCGUAUUUCCAGGACCGCCGCUUACAACACACACGGACGAAGCAGCGGUCUCAGGUACAGAGGCCCGAGACCGCACAAGCCAAAGGUGUUACACGCUCUACGUAGAGGAGCUACCGUAUUACGUGUAUCGAUGCCGAAGAUCAAGGACGUAAACGUGAUAGACAAGUACUCACGGAUCAUCUUCCCAGUCAGCUUCAUGCUGUUUAACGCCGGGUACUGGAUCUUCUAUUUCUUCUGAGCGGCGAACGGAUAUUAAAAACUGAAUUCCACUCGGCCUCGUGUGCGCCUAAAAAGGACCAAUCGAUUCGGGAGGAUCCUUUCAAGUCUUCUAGCAUGAUCAUCGAAGGAUGUGCAAUAUUUUUCAGAGGGAUAAAGGUCCACCGAAUACCAGCAGGUGAUGAAAGUACUGAAUCGAAAGUACUGCCACGAAACACUUAUUGAUAAAACGUAGAACGGCGGAGGACUCGUGUGUGCCAACAGCGUUUAUGAAAAUUUUCGUUAAUUAGAAAGUAUAUAAAUAUUAGCGAUAAGUAAUAUGGAUGAGCGAUAAGCAAUAUGGAUGAGAGAUAAAACAAUAUGAAUGAGCGAUAAGCAAUAUGGACGAACGACAAUAUGUUCCUAAUAAAGCAUGACAGCUUUGCCAUGUUCGUACGAGAAGGGUCAAUAAGUAGAUAUUCGGACGAUAAAAUUUUGCGGCAAUCUCGAGAAACAAAAUGCGUCGGAACAUUUGCGUCCGUGAUGACAAACGUAAUCUAAAUCAUUUUAUUUUCGAAAUAAAAUGUUUUUUUUGUGUAUUAAAAAGCUAUUUUUCUUUAUAUAUUAAAAAAAAUAUCAUUUAAUGAAUAAUUUAACGAAAUGUAUAUCUAAAAUACACUUCUACUCUGUUAAUUUUGUCUGUGACGAUAAAGUCAUAAAAUGAUAUAAAAUCGAAUACAUGUUGUUAUUUUUAUAUUUGUGUCUUGGUUCGCCUUCAUGAUCGCCGGCUCGCUUUUAUGCAAAAUGGUUCUCUGGCCCACAAUUUCACAAAAUAGAAUUAAGUAAGAUCGAUGUAAAAAAUACGAAAUUAACGGAUCAAGUUAUAAGUUCAAAUAAAUUAAUCGACUGAUGAAAAGAUUAUUAUCGACGAUAAUAAAUUAUUUGAAGAAAUAGAUUAACAAUAUGUAUAACGGAUUGGCAAUCAACAUAAUUCUUUCUAUACUGUAUUAUAAUAAUUAUUUCCACAAUCGUCAUUUUCAGUCAUACAAUUUGCAGGCAUGGAUUGUAUCAGAUAUCAUCAUGUAUAAACUUGAAAGAUAUUUUUCUUAAAAAAUAAAGUAUUUGAAAAAUGUCAUAUAGAGACAGUACAUUUGUGGCUUAACGACAAUUUCUAAAUAUAAUUUUAAGAAAUAAAUAUGGCUAUAAAAAUAGUGAAUAAAUACGUAUAAUAAUCCGGACAAUUAAACACGUGUCUAACGCGAAUAGAUUUAUAGAUAUACGGAAAUUUGCUUUCAUUAUUUUACAGUAAGUCGCACGUGCAAUUUUGAUAAAUCUUUAUUUUUAGGAAUAAAUGGUAUCUGUUAGAUAAAACACACACACACACACACACACACACACACAUGUAAA